CGACCUGCACUCUCGCCAUAUUUUCAAUCCUGUGCAUCCCGCAGCCCGGUUUGCCACCGUGAGGAGGAGAAAACCGUCACACAAGACAGCAUUAAAAGUGUGCAAAACGAUCUACUUUUAGAGGAAAAGGGGACGUCUGCGUUUGCUUCCUCAGCCAAGUCUGUCAUUUCAUUCUGCGACAAUGAACGUCUUCAGACUGACAGGGGACCUCUCUCAUCUGGCUGCUAUCAUCAUCCUGCUACUCAAAAUAUGGAAAAGCAGGUCGUGUGCAGGUAUCUCUGGAAAAAGCCAAAUCCUGUUUGCUAUAGUGUUCACCACACGCUACUUGGAUCUGCUCAGCUCCUUCAUCUCCCUCUAUAACACGUGCAUGAAGGUGAUCUACAUCGGUUGUGCAUAUGCCACAGUCUACCUGAUCUAUGUGAAGUUCAGGGCCACCUACGAUGGCAACCAUGACAGUUUCAGAGUGGAGUUCCUGGUUGUUCCUGUCGGGGGUCUUGCCGUUCUCAUCAACCACGACUUUUCUUUCCUAGAGAUCCUGUGGACGUUCUCCAUCUACCUGGAGUCGGUGGCAAUCCUGCCUCAGCUCUUCAUGAUCAGCAAGACUGGCGAGGCAGAGACCAUCACCACCCACUACUUGUUCUGCCUGGGCCUGUAUCGGGCCCUCUAUCUUUUCAACUGGAUCUGGCGUUUCUACUUUGAAGGCUUCUUUGACAUGAUUGCCAUUGUGGCCGGUGUGGUCCAGACUAUCCUCUACUGUGACUUCUUCUACCUUUAUGUCACCAAAGUGUUGAAAGGCAAGAAGCUGAGCCUGCCAGCGUAAAACAUACAGGAGACAGCGACUCCCAGCAGACUCAGGGGGUGCGGAGAUGAUGACAUGGAAUCUCGUGACCUACAGCAAAAGAUGCCUGAGACAGAGAGACAACUGUCGGGGUGGGGUGGGGGGGACACUAGUCUUCUUGAGGAUUGCUGAUGGAACUGGUAAAUGCCAACAAACACCAGAGCUGGACAAAGAUCAUCCCAGGUCAACAUUUGGAUUUCCGUGUUCAGCAUCUUGCCUUAAACUUCUUUUCAUUGCUGUUCAAAUAGGAGAAAAGGCUUUUUGUUUCUACAUGUGAGGUGUAUACGCUUAUUUUUUAGUUUUUUUUUUAUAAUGUCACAAAUAGGGUCAACUCUGAGGAAGAACCUUGUUUGGCUUGGUAAUGAAAUGCACAAAUGUACAGUCUUAUUAAAGAGUAAUGGAUCUGAGUGCCUGAGGCGGAUUAUGUCUGGUUUCUCACAGUAUUUUUUUUUCUUUUUUUACUUUUGGAUUUAAAACAUUUUUUUUUGUCUAGAUAGAUAUACAGUAAUACAUGUAAUCUCUCUUGGAAACAUUUAAAGAGGCCAAUAACAAGUUUCAUGCCAACACAUUUUGUAAAAAAAACAUCUUUGCUUUCUAAAAUUGUUUAAAACCGCAUUUUAACUGGUUACUCUACUCAUCUAAAAAUCGAAACUUUUUUGUAAGCAGAAGUCAUAGGAGGAUUUGUAGUUUUACCUUAAGUUUAAGAAGUAACCCAUGGAAUAAAUUACUUUGGUGCCAGCAAUUUUUUUUAUCGUAGAUGUCCGUAUUUUAAAAUAGUGGUCAUCUUAUUUGAAAUGAAACUUUUAAUGUGUUUAUUUUCUGUCUUUUUUUUUUUCUCCUCAGCUUACUGCAUAAAAAAAAAAAUUAAAAUGCAUCAAUUGUUCUAUAGCUUUAAUAUGGAUUUCAAAAAAUCUUAACGACAGUGGUUUAUACGUCACAUUUUUUUGGGAUGUAGAUAGAGCAUAAAUCUAUCAUCGCACCCCAAACCAACAAGCUCAUGAACACCUUCCAGCAGAGACUUGUCAGUUGUCUGAAAGUUGAAAUCGAUGAAGUCAGAGCAAAGCAAUAAUGAAUGACUGAGUGAGUGGCAUUAUGAUCACACUUCUCAUAUCGGGGAGACUUGUGCAGGUGUUUGGCACAAGAAUCCUCCAAUGCUUUGACUGGUUGUGGCAUUUCAAUUGUUAAGUGCAUGUCUGGAGUGUGAACAGUUAAACCGAUUUGACAUUGUGCUGAUCAGUAUUUGAGUAGGGGGUGAUCGUGGGUGCAUUUCUAUUAAAUUUAGAGGCCUCUUGUUAACUUCCAACUCUUUCAAAUUAGUAAUUCCUAAAGGAUUAUUUCAACUCUGUCAUUUUUUUUUGCAUGUUAUCACCUCCAUUAAAGAUUUUAUGAGAUCACC